AUGCUUGGAAAAAAAAUUGGAAAAAAAGCUUGAAAUUCCUUAUUCUUUCUUGUUCAAUCACAAGAUUUAAAGCUUAGAACUCUCUCCCUCAACCCAGAAAUUUCGGAUCUGCUCUGUCCUUCCUCCCCUAUCCGCCGGCUGCUAGUGGGUAUGCGAAUUUCUGGGCAUUUUUCUGAUUGCGUGAUUCUUCCCUGCACUCGCCGCCGGCCUCUUCCCCAAUCUGCAGUCUGGUUUUUUCUGGGAAAUUCUGGUUCCUGAUCGUUCUGUUAGUUUACCACUGAGAUCGAGUCUUCGGUUUUAUGCGAGUGAGGCAGGUAAGUUUAUGGUAAUGCUCGUAUAAUUUUAAAAGCAUGUUUUGAUUUGUUUUGAAGUGGUUGCGGGACUAAACCUGGAAUUUUUAUGCUUUUCAUUAAAUUGAGCAUGCCUACUUAAAAUUUAAUUGAUUGUCCUUAUGAUUUGAAAGUGAUUGGUGAAUUAUGAUUUUUCUGUUAACUUCUGCCUGUUUUGUCUCCGAUGUAGUUAUGUUAUUGAUAACCCUGCUAGUGGGGGUUAAAUGCUAGCACAUGUCGACAUGUAUUUUUGGAGAGCCGGUUCCUCCUGCCAGCGGGAGUUGUUAAACACUGGUAUCUCUGUAAUCCUGCUAGUGGGAUUUUACACUAGUAAUUUUUGUAGCCUGCCUAUGAGAGGUUUAUAACACUGGCCGUGACCUAUAGAGGAGACGUCUAUUUCGUUCCCAUACUUGUAUCUGUUUUUUUUGUUACACUUGUUGACAUGCUAUACAUUUAAUAAGGGCACUCCAUAUUUUACUUACUGGGUUUAUCUCAUAGUUUUUCCUUGUCCACCAUUUCAGGAAGUGAAACCGAAGACGGGGAAACCACGGGAAGUGACGAGUUAGAAGGUUAGCCAUUUUGAGAUUGAUAUAGGUUUUAGAAAUAAAUUAUGAUCUUGUAA